UUACGUUCUCACUCCUGUCUCGGUGUACCAAUCACCCGAUACAUCGGACUCAUGAAACCAACAUGACCGGAUCCCAUCCCGCUCUUCGAUGCAGCGAGGGACGAGGGCGAAUUGUAUUUCUGCCACGGUCAAUCUGCUUUUUUGAAGAAGUCAUGCUCUCGAUGUACCGACCUAGCCAGGACGCAUAGCGCAUCAUGGCACAAGUGCGGUGCGGGGACCCCAAGAAUAUCUCCUUUUCCAUUCUAACCAUUUCUGGCAUUUUUCGGCGGCCAUGAAAGGCCGAACCACAAAGAUCUCGUCAUGUUGCUGAGCCAGUGUCCCUUCUCUUUGGGGAGAAUGUCAGUUUGUUCAUGGCGUGGAUUGCACCGACCCCUAUGUUUGCGACAGCCUUUGAUCAAGGUCGCUUCAUCUCGGAGCGAAGAUGACCGUCUCAAAACAAAAGCGAGCUCCUAGGACGAACUGAAAUGGCCGCUGCAAGGCAGACAUGGCAAGACUUCUCGAAGGAAAAGUAGCCGCAAUCACGGGUGGACUUACAGGUAUAGGUAGAGCAAUUGCUAUUGAGUUUGCGAGGCAAGGUGCAAAAGUUGCUGUCAAUCAUCUAGGUCAACCCGCUGAAGAGCAGCAUCAACGUUGUCUCUGUAAAGAAGUUGGGAGUGAGAACAGCCAUGAUGAAUUCCCACUAUACUUUUACGCAGGCGACAUUUCCGAUCCAGACGUGGCCGAAGCGUUCUUGGCCAGUACAGCUCAGCAUUUUGGUCAUCUUGACAUCGUCGUUGCGAACGCUGGAGUGGCUCGGUUCCAUGACUUCUUGUCAACACCCGACGCCUUCAUACAACAACACCUUCAGGUCAAUGUUUGUGGAACCUAUUACAUCGUACGUGCUGCUGGCCGAAUAAUGAAGGAGCAAGACACUGGAGGAUCAAUCAUUGGCAUAUCGAGCGUUUCGGCUCUCACUGGGUCUGGAGGACUGGUCCACUAUACACCGACCAAGGCUGCGGUGCUUAAUCUGAUGCAGUCAUCCGCAGUGGCGCUGGGACCGUAUGGCAUCAGGUGCAAUGCACUGCUUCCGGGCACGAUCAAAACACGGCUCAAUGUGGAUGAUCUUGCACAGAAUGACAAGCAGAAAGAGGUGGAGCAGAGAACGUGCCUGAAAAGGGUAGGCCUCCCAGUAGAUAUUGCAGGACCGGCGGUGUUCUUGGCUAGCGACCUUUCGCAGUAUGUAACUGGAGCUCAGCUGUUGGUUGAUGGUGGUUUGUUUGUGAAUCUGCAGUGACGCUUGAUAUUGAUGAUCCUUCCACCAGACGGGAUUAAUGGCUUGAUCACGGGUCACGAUCUGGCCUGCUGUUCUAGUGUAUGUGGAAUCUUAUGGGAGCUGAACUCAACGAGGU